AAGCGAGACAGCGGCAGUUUACCUGCUCAGUGUACGUUAACGGGACAGAACGAGCACCAGCACCUGCCCGGUUAGUUUCUAUCUACGUAAAGUUUUAACCUAACGGAUGGAAAGCGACACCGGAUCACCUGCCCGGCGCCAAAGUGGAGGUUAGCGUCACUAACUUGUCUUUAACUGCUCCGCCGGUACCGCCAUGGCUCGGACCGGCUCCGGUGCCCUCCUCUCCCGCAGAAACAUUAAACUGGACUCCUUCCUGAAGCGGAACACGGAGCGGAUGGUGUACGAGCGCAUCCGAGCCUAUGAACCGUGCGUUGUGAAAUCGGCGACCAUCAAUAAGGUGUAUAUGCAUGUGGUGCUGAGCGACGAGCGCGUGUACCUAACCGAGUACCCACCGCGCACGCUCACUGAAGCCUUUUGCUUCAGAGACGUGCACGACAUCGAGCUGGUCAAUGACCUCCCAGAUUUCCUCCGUGGGAAGGACCGGGAACUCUGCCAGCACAUUCGAAUCACCUACAUCACUGACAAGCCUGCAGCGAGGGGCUGUGAUUGGCUGAGAAGAGACAGGAGGGUGGGACUUCCUCCUCGCAGACCAAGCCUUUACCCAACAAUAACACAAACCUUAGAAGGACAUCCUGUACACAGCAGCCCCAGUGAAAUGGGGACAGAGGAGGUUCACAUGUUACCACCCACACGUUCUGCCUCCUGUCCAAACCCGGAGACUCUGGGCCUCCUGAGGGUCCCACACCCUCCCACCCAGUCUGUCUCCACAGCACCCUCCCUCUACUCACCCAACGGCUCCCCCACCUCUCCGUCACCCUCGAAUCACAGACUGAACAUCCCUGACACUGGCCAGCUCCAGAGAAUGAUCGGUUCAGUUCUGUCUCGCCUGCUGAGAAGAGACUGUGCGAACAGCGGAGAGGAGAGGGAGGCUGAGCUGCAUCUUUACGCAAUAUCACACACGUCCAGACUUUACCUCCAUAUACAGAGCUCAUGGAACAGCUUCAUUAUUAGGUCCACUCUGUUGUUAGACACGCUCUACAGAGGGAGGUGCAGUGCCUCGUCUGACUCCUCUUCUAGAAAGCAGCUUCCUGCCAUCAGCUGCGAGCGGACAGCUCACCUGUUUGGUCAGCUGAGCUCUGAGCUCCUGCAGGAGGGGAUCCGUGUGGAGAGUCUCUACCUGCUGCUGCAGGAGCUGAGAACUGCUGCUCGCCAUAACGUCGCACUACGCCGACUCUUCUGGAAGUCCAGCGAGGUGUGCGUCUUCCUGGUUCAGACUCUGGAGGAAUCUCUGCACGGCUGUCAGAGCCUCAGUGGAGUCCACACAGAAGAUCAACUACUACUGAGCACUCUGGUCGUGCAGACACUCGCCGCCAUGUUCAGAGAGACGGACGUCGAACCAGCCCGACUCAACCUGCUCUCUGCCAAAAAAGGUGCCCUGGCCUCCAGAAUGCUGCUUGCCUUGAUAUGUGAUGCAGAGCUACAAACACAGGUUGACUGUGAGCUUCAGGCCUUACUAGCUGAGUAUCUGGAUGCUGCCUGCUCUUUGCUCUUCGAGCUGCUGCUUUUAGGCCACGAGGCCAGCAGAUGUUCCUCUGCCGACAACUUCCUGUCUGUUGGCUGGAUCCUCCGCGUCCUGCAGCCUCAUCCUCACCUGUUGUCCUUCAUCAGUUACCAGGCCCAGCAGGUGGUGCUGGUUUUGUCAGACGGGCAGGAAUCCUUUCUCAGCCCCUUUCAGUCUGUUCUGCUGUUCCAGCGCUGUCGCCUCCUGCUGGCCUGCCUGCAGUACAACAGCCAGCUGGCACAGCACCUCCGAUCCCACUUCAGAGAGGAGUUCAGGUACUCUGUGAAGCUGUCAUGUGCUCAGGAGAAGCUGCCGCCUCAUUACCCGAUCAGCCGGCCGACUCUUCGAUUGGUCCAGCAGAUCCUGACUCUUAUUUUGCACAGAUAAUCACACACAAACACACGUGCACUUACACCUGAAGACAGGACUGUGACAGUGUGUGCCUUUACCAAAGUCUAAGUACUUUUUCUUCAGUACUUUUAGCUGUAUAUUUCUGAGUUUCACCGCUGCAAUGAAUGAACUGAGCAGUAAAUCUGCUGCGAAUACAGGUUAAAACGAAUGAUCGCAGCAGAAAUAUUGGCACUGCUUUCUACCAUGUGUAUUUGUUUUGUUGAGAAGUGUUCCUAUAAUGCUGUAAAGCAGAAAUCUUCUGCAGGUUUCAUGAGGGUUAGCCGUGCUUUAAGCUAAAUGCUAACAUGUUAAUGUUUAGUGUUACCAGGAUAUAGCGUUUACCAUGUUCACCAUCUUAGUUUGGCGUAUCAGCAACAUCUGCUAACAAGCAUUAAACACAAACAUUCCUGUUGUAUGACCAUU